CCAAUCGGGGUUCAGAGAGGGCGGGGCCCGUGCGUGGCUGAUCUUCGCCCUGCUGGAGACUUUGAAUUUGGGGCCUGAGCCAGGCGGGGCCCAGGCCAUGGAUCGCCGGGCGGCGGGGUCCCUGGGGCCACUCUCUGAGGAGAACUUCCAGCGCCUGGCCGAGGCCGGGGUGCGGAGCCCCGAGUUCACCGCACUCUGCGCCCAGCUGGUGGCGGAGCUCCGAGCCCUCUGCCCCCUGGAGGAGGAUGUCAGUCCCACCAGCGGCCCUGAAGAUGCCGAGACCUUCCAGAUUGAGCUGAGCGGGCUGCUGCAGGAGCUGCACUGCCCCUAUGCCGCGCUCACCACGGGGGACGUGACCGCCCGGCUGGGCAGCGCCCACAGCUGCCUCCAGCUGCUGUACUUCCUGAGCUCGGAGCUGCAGGCCGCCCGGCUCCUGAGCUGGAAACGCCCCCCUUCGCCGCGGCAGGGAGCGGGGACCGACGCUGCCUGGCGGGAGCUGCAGCUAAUCAACCAGGCGCUGGGCAGGCCGGAGCCGGCCCCGACCUGCCCCAUCCCCCAGCUCCUGGAGGACAUAAAAUCCAAGGUAGCGGAGGCCCUGUCCGCGCUGCCUGCCGGCCACCAGGAGAUGGCGCCGCUGCUGAGGGCGCCGCUGACGGCUCGGCAAUGGGAGACGCUGGAGGGGAUCCGGCAAGCCCUGUGUGCCGAGUACGAAUGCCGCAAGCGCAUGAUGGUCACACGCUUCAACGUCACCCUGCAGUCCUUCCACUGGUCCGAGAGGGCGAAGGCCCAGGGCGCCGCCCUGCUGGCCGCCGUCUCCCCGCUGCGGCAGGCUGAGUCGGUCGCCUCCGGCGUCACCCCGGCCCGGCUGCUGGCCGCCCGCGCGGACGCCUCGCGCAUCGUCAGCACCAGCAGCGGCCACUGCCGCCACCGGACCAGCUGCGCCAUCAACAAGGUGCUGAUGGGCAGCGUCCCGGACCGAGGGGGCCGCCCCAAGGAGAUCGAGCCCCCCAUGCCCACCUGGGAGAAGAGGCGCGAGGGGGAGGGAGGCCAGCAGCGCUGGGGCCGACGGAGCAAGAAGAAGAAAUGAAGCCUGCGCCGGCUCUGCCGGGAGCUCCCCCCCCACACUGCAGGGGGGCGGGGAGAGCAUCUGGGGGGGCAAAGACCCAAGGACUCAGAGCCCAGCUAGGCAGAGUGGGCGGUGGAGGGGAGUUGGGGCUCAGAGGGGCUGCGCCCCCCUACAGCCAAGGGGUGAUAGAGCAGCUACUGAUCAGAGGCCAGGACGCCUGGGUUCUGGUCCCAGCUCUGGGAGGGGAGUGGGGUUUAGAGUUGGGGGGUGGGGGGGCUGGGAGCCAGGUAUCCUGGGUUCUGGUCCCAGCUCUGGGAGGGGAGUGGGGUCUGGUGGCUAGAGCAGAGGGGGCUGGGAGCCAGGACUCCUGGGUUCUGGGAAGGGAAGUGCAUGGAGUGCACCAUGUUGCACUUAACACAUUCCCCAGCAGGGGGUGCUGCAGCUUUUGCUUUGGCAAUUGGAAUUUGGAGCAGAUGGUUUUAGAAGAGGCUGCGGGGAGGGGGCGGGCGGGGGCUCGGGGGCUGGGCGUGGCUUGUUGAUUGUCCUUUGUAAACUGAGGCACGAGGCGGUUGCCUUGCUGGCGUGGAGGGGGGGACCCUGCGGGGCUGCGUUCAGGGGCUCUGCAGGGGGCUGGCAGGUUGAUCUGUGCUGUUGUAAAUGUCAGGCUUGGGUGUCAAUCGAGGGGUCGGUUUGUACCGUGAUCGAAGGGCCCUUCCGAGGGGAUUAAAGUGUCGAAGCAAAAGGCUGCUCCAGCAGACGCGCCGGGGCGCGGGGAGGGGGUUUGGCCGCACCCGCGGGGGCUGCAGCCGGGGAGCGUGAGGUGGGUUUGGGCCAAGCAGAGAGGGGCCGUGUGAGAGUCCCCCGGGCCCCGACCCGGCAGUGCUGCACCCCUCUCCCCAGCCCGGGGCUCCCCUCCCCCAACAGCUCUGCCGAUGCCCCCUCCUGGGAGGGGACCAGGUGCAUGGAGAGGGUGGAGCUGGGCUGAAGCUCUGAGCUGGCCUCACCCUGGCCCCUUGAUCCCCUUCCCCCU